CUCCCUGCUGUUCCACCGCCUCCAAGGGUGGAGCCGGGCGCCCUGCCUGCACACCUCCAGAGACGCAGGUAGCUGGGCAGAGCCUAGAAACAAAGUCGUAGGAGCAGCACCUUCAAAAGAAGCCCUCCCGCCGGGCCUCGUCGCUCGCGGUCGCACGGAGCCCUCGGAGCCGCCAGCAUGGGAAUGUCCAGGUCGCAGAGUUGCUUUGGUUAUCCCUUGAGCAUCUUCUUCAUCGUGGUCAAUGAGUUCUGCGAAAGAUUCUCCUACUAUGGAAUGAGAGCACUCCUGAUUCUGUACUUCACACUUUUCAUCGGAUGGGACGAUAAUCUGUCCACGGCCAUCUACCACACAUUUGUCGCUCUGUGUUACCUGACGCCAAUUCUCGGAGCUCUCAUCGCCGACUCCUGGCUGGGAAAGUUCAAGACAAUUGUGUCGCUAUCCAUCGUCUACACAAUUGGACAGGUAGUCCUUGCAGUGAGCUCAAUUAAUGACCUCACAGACGGCAACCGUGAUGGAACUCCUGACAGCCUUCCUGUCCAUGUGGCUCUGUCCAUGAUUGGCCUGGCCCUGAUAGCCUUCGGGACUGGAGGAAUAAAGCCCUGUGUGUCUGCAUUUGGUGGAGAUCAGUUUGAAGAGGGCCAGGAGAAACAAAGAAACAGAUUUUUUUCCAUCUUUUAUUUGGCCAUUAAUGCUGGAAGUUUGCUUUCUACUAUCAUCACUCCCAUUCUCAGAGUUCAACAAUGUGGAAUUCACAGUAAACAAGCCUGUUACCCACUGGCGUUUGGGGUACCUGCUGCUCUCAUGGCUGUAUCUCUGAUCGUAUUCGUCAUCGGCAGUAGAAUGUACAAGAAGUUCCAGCCCCAGGGGAACAUCAUGGCUAAAGUCGCCAAGUGCAUUGGCUUUGCCAUCAAAAACAGGAUUAGACAUCGGAGUAACAAAUUCCCCAAGAGGGAGCACUGGCUGGACUGGGCCAAAGAGAAAUACGAUGAGCGGCUUAUCUCUCAAAUCAAGAUGGUCACGAGGGUGAUGUUCCUGUACAUUCCACUCCCCAUGUUCUGGGCCUUGUUCGAUCAGCAGGGAUCAAGGUGGACACUGCAAGCGACCACUAUGAAUGGGCAAAUUGGAGUUAUUGAAAUUCAGCCAGAUCAAAUGCAGACUGUGAACGCCAUCUUGAUUGUGAUCAUGGUCCCCAUCAUGGAUGCUGUGGUGUAUCCUCUGAUUGCAAAAUGUGGUCUCAAUUUCACCUCCUUGAAGAAGAUGACGGUUGGGAUGUUCCUGGCUUCCAUGGCUUUCGUGGCAGCUGCAAUUGUGCAGGUGGAAAUUGAUAAAACUCUUCCAGUCUUCCCCAACGGACAUGAAGUCCAAGUUAAAGUAUUGAAUAUAGGAAACAAUAGCAUGAACAUAUCUUUUCCUGGAGAGACGAUGGCAGUUAACCAAAUGUCCCAAACAGGCGACUUUAUGACUUUUGAUGUAGACAAGCUGAGUAUAAACAUUUCUUCCACUGGAUCACCAGUCACUCCAGUAACCCAUAACUUUGAGCAGGGCCAUCGCCAUACCGUUCUAGUGUGGGCCCCCAAUCAUUACCGAGUGAUAAAGGAUGGCCUUGACCGAAAGCCAGAAAAAGGACAAAAUGGAAUCAGAUUCGUGAAUACUUUUGACGAGAGCUUCGACGUCACAAUGGAUGGGACAGUUUAUGUAAAUGUCACCAGUCACAGUGCCAGCGAAUAUCAGUUUUUUCCUUCUGGCAAAAAAAGCUUCACAAUAAACUCAACAGAGAUUUCACAACAGUGUGAACGUAAUUUCACUUCUCCCAGACUCGGAUUCGGUAGUGCGUAUACCUAUGUAAUGGGAAGGAAGGCUGAUGGCUGCCCCGAACUCAGCGUAUUUGGAGACAUUCCACCCAACACAGUGAACAUGGCUCUGCAGAUCCCGCAGUACUUCCUCCUCACCUGCGGCGAGGUGGUGUUCUCCGUCACGGGGCUGGAGUUUUCCUACUCUCAGGCUCCUUCCAACAUGAAGUCGGUGCUUCAAGCAGGAUGGCUGUUGACAGUGGCUGUUGGCAACAUCAUUGUGCUUAUCGUGGCAGGAGCAGGCCAGUUCAGUAAACAGUGGGCCGAGUACAUUCUAUUUGCUGCUCUGCUUCUGGUUGUCUGCGUAAUAUUUGGCAUCAUGGCUCAAUUCUAUACUUACGUCAACCCAGCAGAGGUUGAAGCUAAGUUUGAUGAGGAUGAAAAGAAAAAGAACCCGGAAAAGGAGAACCCAUAUUACACACUGGAUUCCGUCUCACAGACACGGAUGUGAAGGUCAGGAGGAAGUAGAAGGUGGACUGGGCCCAGAACGUGCCCUGACUUCUGUCCCCAGGUGGCAGGACACUCAGUUGGAUGGCCCCUGAUGGGGAAGACCUCAGAAUUGUGGACCAAACCAAGAAAGCUAUUUUCUAAGCAGCCAGCAAUGAACCUGAAAAUCUGGAAGAAGUCUUUUUUUUUAAGAGAAGUCUUAUUUAAAGUGUGUGAGUGUGUGUGCACACUCACUUUUAAAACACUGAGAGCAUCCCCUGCAUUUAACUCCUUCUUUACCACACAAAUGAAGUUAUCUUGGACUAACUUAAUUUUUUGAAAGGGUGACAAAAUUCCAUAAUGAAAAGGGUGACAAAAUUCCCACACUCUAUGAAAGCAAUGUUAAGUGAGGCAGGAGCCGCUGCCAAAAGUGAAUUUACCGGCUUUAGAAUGGUAUGUAAUAAGCACCAGCUAGUAUUAACUGGGAACUUUACCACUUGCUUUUUGUUUUGAUUUUCCGUCCCUACCUCUUUUUAAAUUAUGUGUAACUCAAAAGACCACUCACGUAAAGGCCAGUAAUGAUUUUCAGAGUUUUGACAUUGUGAAAUAAAUUCCCAUUCUUAAGAA